GGCGGACACGCCCUCUGAAGCGCCUCUUCUCGGGCUUCCGGUCGGAGCCGGAAGUGGUGGUUACUAAGGCGACGCAGGACGCCCAGCAGGCUUUUCACACAGGUUGCCAGUUCCACCUUUGGUGAUGUCAUCCUCCAAAGGACGCUGGACUCAGAAGAGCCUACCUGUUUCUACCCGACAGGGGCCACCGAAGGCGCUGUACCCCACAGAAAAAGACUGGCCUAAGGAGGAUGAUGAAGGGGAGGAAGAGAACUAUGUCCUCUACAACCCAUAUCAGGGCCUGGAUUCCCUGCCUCAGCCUUAUCGAAUGAUCAACAAGCUGGUGAACCUUCUGUUUGACCGGUCGUGGGAACUUAUUGAAGAGAGGGCUGCUCUGAGGGAAGCUGACAGGACCCGGAUCCAGCCUACCAUCUAUGCUGCACUCACAGAAAUCCAGCACAACCAAAGACCCAGUUGUAUGGCUAUGUCACAGGACUACGUGUUCAUUGGAGGAGCCAAAGGAUUCUCAAUCUAUAACCUGUACAAUGCUGAACGCAUAUAUGUUUGGGAGAAACUUAAGGUUGAUGUCACUUCCAUCUGGGUCACAGAUUUAGGGAGUGAAAUACUUAUUGCUCCUGUGGAUGAAACAGGUAUCAUCAGACUGUUCUACUUGUAUAAGGAUGGUCUAUUCCUAAUCAAAACCAUCAACGAAGUGGAUGACACCAGCAAGCAGCCCACCUGUGUGAAGCUGGAGAUCUCCCAAGGCGGGGACUUCGCAGCCUUCCUGCUGCAAGGAGCCGGGGACUCGUGGCUGGACGUGUAUAAAUUGCCCAGGGAGGCUUGGCUGAAGGAGGCGGAGCACCUGCCACUCACUCUGAACUCGAAGAAAAAAGUCAGACCGCUGAACACUCUGGAUCCCAUUACUCCAGACAGUGUAGAGAUGGAUGUGAAUUUUUCUUUUAAAAGUGACAUUAAAUUGAGCCCUCCAGUUUAUAUAAUGAAAAUCAAACCACCUAAACCAAUCACUGGCACCACAUUUAAAAGCCCCCUGGAAGUCUUUGCAAAGGUCGAAGACUGCUCUGGGCUGGGCUCCGGGCAGAACCACUUCAUCAGGGACAGCCAGUGGGAGCAGCACACAGAGCUGUUCCAUGCCUCCUACAAGAAGUACCUGGACAAGGAGCUGGGAGAAGAGCCGCUCAGCACCGCCACGUUCCACUUCCUCCUUCCUAGCUGCAUCACCACCCCGCCCGCGGAAGCCAGGAGCCCCUCAGGGGUGGCCUACGUCCUGGGCAUACACUGGACCGGAAGCCACAACUUCUUCCUCUAUUUGCUGAGCCGCUCUCUGAAGGACAAAGCCGAACCCGAGAGCGUGUGGCCUUGCGCUGCACCCAUCACCGCCUCGAGGCUCAGCUGCUCCUCUUCCUACCUGGUGCUGGCCUGCGAGGAUGGCGUGCUCACGCUGUGGGACGUGGCGGAAGGGUUCCCCCUAGGGGUCAUCGCCCUGCCUGAGGGAUGCUUCUGCCAGAGCAUUCACUUCCUAAAGUACUUCUUGGUCCACAAGGGACGGAACCUGUAUCCAGAGGGCCCGGUAAAAUCCCAAGUGCAGUGUGUCGUGCUGUGCACCAAUACUUCCCUCCACCUGGUGACAGCCAGCGGCACACAGGGACCCACCAGCCGGGUGCUCGUGAGCAGGUCUGCGAAGCAUCUGGAUGAAGCCAUCUGCGCAGUGGCCCCAGUCCCCACCUUGCCUGGCAUGGUGCUGAUCUUUGCCAGGAACGGCUCUAUGAGCCUCCUGGAUGUGGCCAAGGCUGAAGUCGUCUGCGCCUUCGCUCUGCCCAGGGGCCCCCAGCCGGCCGUGCCCUGGAAGCCCCUGUUUGCUGUGUCCCUACACCACCCUUGCUUCCUGCUCCGAGGUGACCGUCCAGGGAAAGAGGAGCGCACCAGUGAUGCCAAGAGCACCCAGAAUUCUGUGUUCUGCUUUAAUUUUGAGGCCUACCCGCUCUUGGAAAAUCUCUCCAAAAAUCGUACCAUUCCCCAAGAGGACUCAACAGAGAACAUGGCGUUGCCACUGGAGAAAAGAUGUGAGCUCGUGCUCCAGAAGAGCUUCCAGAAGCUGAAGAAACCCCAGGUGUCAAAAGACCAUGAGUGGACCCGGCUUCGCAGGUACUCCAUGCUGCUCCAGAGGGAGAACCUCCGGAGGUGACAGCCACACAGCCGCCGGGGACGCCAAAGAAGAUCCCGCCUGGGCAGCCACUCCCAGAAUGGGGGACACAGCGACACACAGCCCCAGCCCAAGGGCCCUGGACUUGCGGUCCACAGAGCCGGUGCGGGGAACAGUACCUUGGGGACCACCAAACACUAAGCCCCUUGUCAGUGCCGGGGGUGGGGGACAGUGUGUCACCCGAAUAAAUAGCAGUUUGUUUCCAGA